GUCAUUUUCACGGUAACUUUUUGUCAUCUGCAACAUGGCAGCCGCGGAGGUGGAUUCCUACAGUUCCGAUGCGGAAAGCGACACACCGUUUGUGCUGUAUCGUGACAGACCAGAGUGGAAAGAUGUAGAACCCUUGCUGCAAGAUGACGGACCAAAUCCAGUCGUGCAAAUAGCCUAUUCCGACAAGUUCCAAGAUGUCUAUGAUUAUUUUCGGGCUGUCAUCAAGAGCGAUGAGCGCAGUGAGAGGGCCCUGGCACUGACGAAAGAUGCUGCAGAUCUGAACCCAGCCAAUUAUUCUGUGUGGCACUACCGCCGUGUUCUACUGCAGUCUCUUAAGAAGGACCUUCGAGAGGAGAUGGGAUACGUCAAGCAGGUCAUUGAAGAACAUCCAAAGAACUACCAAGUCUGGCACCACAGGCGAGUGUUAGUUGAAUGGCUCAAAGACCCUUCCGAGGAACUUGCCUUCACUGCCAGCAUCCUACGCAUAGAUGCUAAGAACUACCAUGCUUGGUCCCAUCGCCAGUGGGUUCUCAGCACCUACGAGCUCUGGGGGGAAGAGCUGGGGUUUGUGGACCGUCUCUUGGAGGAGGACCUGAGGAACAACUCAGCAUGGAAUCAGAGAUUCUUCAUCAUCAGUAACACGGGGGGCUUUACGGAAGAAAUCUUGGCAAGAGAAGUCAAGUACACUCAGGACAUGAUCAGCAAAGCACCCAACAACGAGAGCGCCUGGAAUUACCUCAGAGGGGUGCUUGCAGACACCAGCAUGAACGACUUCCCCGGCUUGGCUGACUAUUGCCAGGGAAUGUUUGAUAACGACAUCCGCUCACCGUACCUGCUGGGUUUCAUCAUUGAGAUGCAAGAAGAGUUACUAGAGAGUGGAAACGCUGAGGAAAAAGUCCUACAUAGGGCCACUGAGUUGUGUAAAAUGUUGGCGGAGCAGUUUGACCCAAUCAGAUGCCAGUACUGGAAUUACGUCUCAAGAUCCCUACGACUGCGAUUUGGCAAAACCCAGCCGGCGGAACCAGAGGCACAUUGACGGAAAGUUUAAUCUAGAAUUCCAGUUAACUUAGAUGGACUCUCCUUGGCAACAGUGCUUUCCCCAAUAAUUGUCGGUUGUGUUUACAGAGUGCGGAAUGUGUAUGUGGUUCUUGCAUGUUGUCUUCACAUGGCAUUAUUAAUGUAAUAGUCCGCAAGCACUCACAGGAAAUGUGCAAAUUGUGUCAUGAAAUUAUAUUCACUUGUGAAACCUUACAACACUUGCACAAAUUGUACAAAUGAGGACGUUGUCUUGAGUAUUUGUUAAGUAGCCCUCUGCUUUUGCCCGUAUUUUGGAACAUUGAUACAUAAAGUUCUCCUGUGUGUUCAGCAUGACUCUGGAACGUCGGACUGUAAAAAGUGUAAUUGAAUCUUGGCAGGUUGUUUUUUUUUACGAACAUUUUGUCAAUGUUUUGAUUUGUUUGUACAUAAAAAAGAAAAACAACUCAGGAUGUUUGGUACGACCAUCUUGAGUUCUUAGAUAAUUAGUUUGCAGACAAAAAAUUCUGUUCCAAGACAAUUUUCCUCCAAACGUUAUGUUGAUAUAAUGAAUUAUUUACGUGACUCCAAGAGUUUGAAUAUCUUUUUGUUAAAAAAAAAAUGUGUUUGAACAAAACAAAAAAGAAACCUCUGAAGUAAAUCUUUCAACGUACAAAACUUUAUUGCUGUAUUGAUCAGAACGUAUUUUACAUGAUACAUAGUUCAGGCAUGCAAUGAUAUAAUGAAAUAUAAAACCCUCACAAGAAAGGUCUGUAACACAAUAGGAGGGCAACGCCCUCAUAUUGUGUUCACAUCUCCAAAAUGCUUAUUAGAGUUGUAUCAUAAUGUACAAGCAAAGCUUAUUAUGUGACAUCAACUGUAGUUUCAUUAUGUUUGUUGCCCUAACAAAUUCACUUACACGAACUUCAAAAUUUAAAAUAUGUACUUAUAAUUAUUUUCCAACCAAAACGUGGAAUGCAAAUUGGACUCGUAUAUCUGUUUGAAAAAAAAAAUGACAGAAGUGUAUUGUUAACUCUAGCAAUGUUUUUCUUUUCUAACCGAUAUUCAAAAAAACAAAAAAUCUCAAAGUUUUCAUUCUGUUUGAAUUAAACAAUGGUAAAUUUGAAAGAAAUCAUUUGGACGUUAGAGUAGCAAAAAGGAGUACCCAUGUUUGAUCUUGUUUUGAAAUUUCAGAGCACAAACUGAUCGGCUUUUCCACUGUAGCCAGCAGAAUAUUUUUCAAACAACUUCUGGGAACAAAAUACUUGUAUCUUAAAAAAAAAAUUCUGCACCAACAAAACAUAGGAUCCUAUUUUGUUUUAUCCAGAGGACCUUAGUACAUUAAAGAAAUAUCAAAAUAUUGUCACGAGUGGAAAUGUUGCUGUUUAGUGGUUUCAGUGUUAUUGUGAAAUGGCAGAAAGAAAUAAAAGAUUUUUUUAUAAUGAAGACUUUUGCCUGUGCAUGUAUUUCUACAAAACGAUAAAAGCUUAUUCUUAAUAAGGUUCUAUAACAGAUGUGAAACUUAAGGUUUCUGUACAGUUUUGCCCAUUUUUAUAUUUUUUUCUCUCAAAUUUAACCUAAUCUGUCGUCAUUGUAGGUAUUUUCCCCAUUUCUUGAGUGAGAUGGUACUGAUCAUUUUGAUGAGGUAACAUUUCCAAACAAAAAUUCUAAAAUCACUCGCAUAAAAUUGCGAACAUUCGGCAAAUAAAGAUCUUCAAAAAUAAAGCUCUACUUUUUCUGACCUAACUACUAAAGAAAUUUUUAAAAAGGAUAUAAAUAAAAUGUCUGAAACUGAAUAAAAAUUAUAUGAAAUAUAAAUAUAGUUUUGGAUAUUGUUAAAUAUAUAAAAUAUAUACGUAUAAAAGGAAUAUAUCAUAAACAUAACUUAUUAAACAACUUAUUAAAGAAGGAAACUAGAAAGGCUUCAAUUCAAGGGGCUCAUACAAUAAUCGCUCAUACAAUAACG